UCAUACCAUUAACAUGUUUGCGUUGUAACAGAGCAACAUGCCGUCUAUACACACAUGGAUGGAAAUAUAAUAUUCGUUGUUGGAAACGAAGUGUGGAACCGAAUAAACCGCACAAUAACCGAACACGAGAGAGCUACUAGUAAACUGAAUAUAACAGAAAAAAAAACACUUAAAUUGGUUUAAUAACAUUAAAAGUGACAACACAUAUUUAGUUAUAAAAAUUUGUUCUCGUUGAUCGAAGCAGAGUAACGAUUUUGUGCCGACGGCUCUAUUCGAAACUCAUCGCUCAAAUCGUGCUCAAACUCAUAUACAAUAUCAUUUUUAUUUACACUCUGGAAUCAAUGUGCACAAUCAUAUGUGGUUUGAAAAUCGGGUUUUUAACGUUUUAAAUUUGAAUUAUGAGACUGUGACACGGUGCCUGUUUUUAUUUUUUUUUCGCUCUCUCGUUUUUUCUCUGUCAGUCUCUCGACCAAAUUAUUUUCAAUUUCAUUUCGUUAAUAUUGAUACGCGAUGCAUAGAGCCAGUUUAGCUUAACGUGAGUGCGCGCGCCUUAUAACUGUUCUGAGGACAAUUUAAACGAUGUUUUGAAAAGGCAGCACGACGAGCGCGUAGUGAACGUUUCGUAUUAUUUUGAUUUCAAAGUUAUGAUAUUUUCGUUGAUUGAAUUUAAUAUACAACGAUUAUUGUGACGUUUAUGUGUGUUCAUAUUCAUAUUCGGGUCCUCGUUAUCACUGUUAUAUAUAUAUAUGAUACGAGAAAAAAAAGAUGUUGUUGUUCUUCGUCUUCUAUGUUGUGUAAUAUCGUGAACAAAAUCAACUGAAUAUUAUGUUUCGUGUGAUAGACCUCAAACUAAAGAAUCCAUCUAAAUUGUAUUAGUGGAAUAUAAAAUCAAAUGAGACGAGUCUAUAUUUCUUCAUAAGAUUACUAUUGUCGCUUGUAAAACCGAUCCUUAUCUAUGUUGAUAUACUUAUAUUAAUUUUUUGAUAGGCGCACAGUAUUUAUUUUUAUGAGUGUUUCAUUGAUGAUGAGAUGAUAAUAAUAUUUUGUAUUUGUAUGCACAUCGAAAGAAAAAAUAGAUCGUCAGGCAUUUACGAAUGAAACGGAAAAAAAAAUAUAUUGAAAAUUUAUACUCGCCACUGAACUUAAAUCGCAAUUUUUUUUAAAGAAAUAUGUGUAGCAAUUGAAUAAGGUGAAAAUUACGAUCGUCAUUUGAAAUACAUAUACACUUCUCGUUUUUUUUUCGAAAAAAUUUCAAAUGGCAUAUGUGUGAACAAGUUGUGAAUUAAACUGGCAAACAGUGAAGAAAACGACCAAAAAAACCGGAUUUAUAUCAACUAAUUGGAACUUGUAUGUUCGAUCAUUGUGCGUUAUUCGACAAAAAAAUGUGUAUUUAAGGGCCUAAAUCAUGUGGAACAAAUGUGAGAUUUUCUUUUCAAAACAUACCAAAUACACUGAACUGAAUCAAAUGAAAUUUCGAAAAUAUAAACAGUUUUAAAUCGACAUUUUUUUUAUACGUUUACAUAUGAUUGGUGCUAAGCUUUCGCUUCAUUUAUAUAUCUAUUGAUUCGUUAAGCAAAUAUACACAGUUUUUUUUUAAAUACAUUAACCGAAAAUACCAAAAUAAACAGGAAAAAUCUGAUACGAUAUUCAUAAAGAGAAACAAAACAAAAACGACGGAAUUUGACCAGACUAGAAUAACACGAAUCUCAUCGUUCAACGACACUUCCACCAAAGUUAGUUACAUACGUGAAUGAUUCCAGUCUGUGCAGUUGAUGCAAUAAAAUCGUGAAAGAGAAAGAAAAAGUACCACAAAACAAAAUCAACGAGAAUAAGUGAUAAAAUUUAUUUGAAAAUAAAAAAAAUUUGGCGCGUGUAAAAUCGAUUUUGCAUUUUUCACUUCGAAACCAGAAAAAAUCCCGAAUUUUAUAAAUUAGUGAAGUGUUAAAAACGAGCAAAAUUCAUCAAAAAUGCGUGUUACUUAUCCACAAUGGAUGAAUUUCGACGGCAAUCGUCAAAGUGGUGGCGUCAUAAACGGUGGCGUCCGUCAAGGCAAAGGAAAGGGAAAAGGCAACUGGAAUCAUCAUUAUCAACAUUCACAUCAACAUUACAACUAUAAUAAUGGAUAUCCAUCUUAUCACAAUCACAAUCACAACCAUAAUCAAAUGAUGCGAAUGACCAUGUCGACUGGAUCAACCAUGACGUCACGUGUUCAUCGAAAAGUGUUGCGGAUACCAUCGAAACGACAUCCGGGGAAAGCGUUGCCGGGCAAAAUACAUUCAGCCGCUCGUAUCGGUGGCAAAGUGCUACCGGGCAAACGAUUACGACCACAACAAAGUACACAUUGUGAUAAUUCAAAUGACAGUGGGCUAGGAUAUGACCAGUAUGCCGACACACCAUACGCAAACAUCAAACAAAUACCGUCUACAAGAUUGCCGCCUUCGUCGGGUAGUACAACCGAUUCAGCGACAAUAUGUACGAGUCGUUUAGCCGCCAAUGGAAAUAUUCAAAUUGAUUUAAGAGGUGAAGCAUCAACAUCAGCGACAAUCGCAGCACCGGUCACCACAAUUGGCAUGAAUGCAAUGUUAAUUGAUAAAACUCAAAUGCUUGUAUCAUCACCAUCAUCAUCGUCUGCGUCUUCAAUCAAUCCGCUUGAUAGCGAUAUGCUUGUGUUGGACGAACUUCAGAUAAGAUGUCAAAAUUUAGAUCAAAAAAUUGAUAUCGACGAUACAUGUAGCAAUGACGCAUUUGCUUUUAAUUCGAGCCUCAAGGGAAAGCCAUUGAAAAGCAAUCAAAAAACCACAACCGUUCCUUGCAAUGCGUCCAAGAUAACAACAAUAACGCGUGGCACAACGCGACCAACCAUUCGACGCCAAGCGAUUGGAUCACAAAUGCUCAAUGCUCCGAAUAAUAAUAUGGGCGUUAGCGGAACGGUUACAUUACAAACACAAAUUGGUGCUAUCUCACAGAAUGGAAAGUGUCAAUUGCAAAUUUUGGCACAACCCGAACAACAGCACAGAGCAAGGUAUCAGACAGAAGGAAGCCGUGGUGCGGUGAAAGAUCGAAGUGGAAAUGGUUUUCCAAUUGUUAAACUCAUGGCAUACGAUAAACCAGCUACGUUACAAAUUUUCAUUGGAACAGAUGUCGGUCGAGUGGCACCACAUAUGUUUUAUCAAGCAUGCAAAGUGUCGGGUAAAAAUUCAACGCCAUGCAAUGAGAAAAAAGUCGAAGGAACCAUUGUCAUUGAAAUUGAUUUGAAGCCAGAGACCGACAUGACCGCUACAUGUGACUGUGUGGGAAUUUUAAAGGAACGAAAUGUUGAUGUUGAGCAUCGAUUUCCGGAUCAAACAGCCGGACCACGAAGUAAAAAGAAAUCAACACGUUGCCGUAUGGUAUUCCGUACACAAAUCACACAUGAUGAUGGAACUAUCGAAACGCUGCAAGUGUGCUCUCAACAAAUUAUCUGCACACAACCGCCUGGCGUGCCCGAAAUAUGUAAAAAAUCAUUGGUGUCAUGUCCGGCAAAUGGGGGUUUAGAACUCUUCAUUAUAGGUAAAAACUUUUUAAAAGAUACACGUGUUAUAUUUCAAGCACGCCGAUUACUGCCGCCGGCCAGCGAAUCAUAUGACACAAUCUGGGAAGAGUCUGUUUUUCCUGACAAAGAAUUUUUGCAACAGACUCAUUUAAUAUGCACUGUACCGCCAUAUGUUGAUCCCAACAUUGUCGAACCGGUCACGGUUCAAAUGCUUGUUACGUCAAGUAAUAAGUUCAGCGAACCGCAUAAUUUUGUCUAUACACCGAAGAGUGCAUUCGGAGCUGGAGCACUAGCAAUGGCAUCCACAUUGGCAUCAUUACAACAUGCUCAUUCAAAGAGCAUUCAAGAUAUGGAAAUGGGAUAUGGAAAUGAAGAAUCACGUUCAAUGUCACCGACAUCAUCGCCAGUGUUGAAGAAUGCACCGGCUUCUUGUUCCACAUUGAUGCUAUGGGCAAAUCAUCUGAAAGAAACGUCGAAUAAAAUUGAUGCCGGUAUCAUGCCACCGCCGGCAACAACGCUUCCAUUGAACAUUCGUCGAACAUCAUUGUCUGGUUUGCUUUCAUGUGGAUCAAACGACCAAUCAUCGCCGCCAAUGCUCAAAGCCGAAAUUCUUGACGAAAAUUCACAAAGUUCAAUACUAUCGAACGGAGCCGAAAGUUUACACGACACAAUCGAUUACGUAUCGGAAAAUUCGAUGGAUGCAAGUAAUCCGGCGACAUUAAUGAGCACAUCACCGUUAGAUAUGAUGGCAGCGAAUUCAUUCCCCGCUCCGCCACCAUUGAUGAACAUAACAUCCACGUCACCGAUAAAUGUGGUCGAUUUAAGAGUUAAACAAGAAGACGGCAUGGCCGCACAAAUUCAAGACUUAGUACAUCCAACAUUGGUCGAACCACCCAAGUUAAUAUCCGGAGUUCCGGUUCCCGAUGCAUCGUUGAUGGCACCAUUUGGCCGACCAAAACUAAACGAUUUAAAAGUACAAGUGGACGAUGUUCAAAUGUUUAAUGCACCAAACAGCACCGAUAUCAUGCUCAACAAUAAUUUAGGCACACUGAAUCACGUUGGUGUAACACCGAUGACCACAAACCAACAAAUGCAACAAACAAUGGAACAACAAUCAAGUGUAUUUGGAACGCAAGGUCUAAUGACCGAAGCUGGAACCGCAAAUGGUUUAAAUCAUAUGCUAAGCUUUCCGAGUUCAACGCAGGCCAUUUCACCGAAUAUUUUAAGCACCAGCCCAACAAAUCCACUCACAACCGAUGUGAUGCUCAAUUCACAAGCGAUCCCAACGAUAAACACAUCACCAAAUUCUAUGCUCACCGUUGAACCGGUGAAUAAUUCAACAAUUGAAUCUGACAUUAUUAUGAACUCAACCAUUUCACCGACAAUGAUGUGCAACAAUACAUCAACCGAUCCAGCAACACUUUUACCAAAUGCCGUUGCAAUUGGUGAUGCACCAGCGAUGAUAACACAACCACCACAACAACCCACCUCGGAGGCGCUAUUGAACAAUUUUAUUCAGCCGAUGUCAAUUAAACAAUCGGAUGCAGCUGUUAAAAAUAUGAUUUUGAAUGCGGCUGCUGAAAUUUUAUCAUCGGAACCGAACAGUAUUACACCGGAAACGGCAACGAAUGCGCUCAUUGAACACGUCAUGAUUACGGAACAAACGCCACAAACAACAAACGCAAGCCCACCAUCGAUAACAAACAUUUUGACGCAUAGUGAUUCAACGAAUUCGGUUGUCGUGUUGGCCGGCAGCAAUAAACUCAUUCAAAAUGUUGUAGCAGCUGCAGCCGCACAAAAUGCAUCUGAUAUUAUACAAAAUCAAAUGGUAAAUGCCGAUCCAAUAUCGGCAAAUCCGCAAAUUGUAAACGUGCAACCAACAACAACUGCGGCAUCAGCAGCCGCAGCAAAUCUAACACUCGUUCAACAAAGUCUCUUGAAUAAUAUACAGCAAGAAAUCUGUGCAUUGUCGACAGAAACAAUUGUUGGCGAUCAAUUGUCACCGAAACGAGAUGAUUUAAGUGCUAAACCGCGAAAGAUGUCGGAACCAAUGGUAACCGAUCCAAUUGUAUCAGUUGCACAAACGAUUGCUACAACAAGUGCUGUAAUCGUAACAGCAACAAAUCCACCAACAACCGGAACGAUUCCGCCAGAUCUAACAACAAUGUCCGAUCAUGAUUUAAUCAGUUAUAUAAAUCCAAGUUGCUUCGACCAAGUUCACUUGUAAAGAACUCAAUGGAUAUGCCAAUUUAAUGCUAAAUUAAAGUAAACAACAUUUUACAAAAUAUUUUACAAAAUCGUCUAUGUGCCUAUUAUUGGUUAAAAUUUUCGUGAGAGAAAUGAAUAUAUUUACUAAAAAAAUAACUAUAGAUUUAGAUCGCUCAGUUCUUAUUCGCUCAUUCUCAACGAUUCAUUAUGUCAACGAAGAAACCGAAAAAGAUGGAGACGGAGAUGAAGAAGAAGAGACGAUACAAAUACGCUUACACGUGAGUGUGAAUCUGCAUUUUCGAUAGCGGAAAGUUUCAAUUUCAAAUUCCAUGAAGUGCAUGUGCAACAGCCAACAACCUAGCUCUACACAAACAUGGAGACACGUGAAAAUGUUCGAAUGUUACAAUUUAUAAUAUGAUAUAUACAUUAUACAUAGUUAUCCUUAUACACCUUAGAAUUUAGUUGAAUUCACUGAAUCCAAUGAAUUUAUAAAAAAUAAAAUAGAUUUAAAUGUA